AUGGGUUGUGGUGCGAGCUCCGAGUCCAAGGAGGGCAAACAGCGGAAUGAAGAGAUUGAGAGUCAGUUGAAGAAGGACCGAAUGAACCAGCGGAAUGAGAUCAAGAUGUUGCUCCUCGGCGCCGGUGAAUCUGGCAAGUCAACAAUCUUGAAACAAAUGAAACUCAUUCAUGAGGGGAGCUACUCGCGAGACGAGCGCGAAAGCUUCCGCGAAAUCAUCUUCUCAAAUACUGUGCAGUCAAUGCGCGUCAUUCUAGAGGCAAUGGAGUCCCUAGAGCUGCCACUAGAUGAUCAAAGAGCGGAGUACCAUGUUCAAACCAUCUUCAUGCAACCACCGCAGAUCGAGGGCGAUGUCCUACCGCCGGAAGUCGGCCAAGCGAUCAAAACAUUGUGGGCGGACGCUGGCGUGCAAUCCGCGUUCCAAAGGAGCCGAGAGUACCAGCUCAACGAUAGUGCCAAGUACUAUUUCGAUUCUAUCGACACCAUUUCAUCACCCACAUACAUUCCAUCGGAUGCAGACGUGCUUCGCUCCCGUGUCAAGACAUUGGGAAUCUCAGAAACAGCCUUUAUCAUCGGCGACCUGACUUACCGCAUGUUUGAUGUUGGUGGACAACGAUCUGAGCGCAAGAAAUGGAUUCAUUGCUUCGAGAAUGUCACCACUAUUCUUUUUUUGGUCGCCAUUUCAGAGUAUGACCAGCUCCUGUUCGAGGAUGAAACAGUGAACCGCAUGCAAGAAGCACUCACAUUGUUCGACUCCAUUUGCAACAGCAGGUGGUUCACCAAGACGAGCAUCAUUCUCUUCUUGAACAAAAUCGACCGCUUCAAAGAGAAGCUCCCUGUCUCGCCAAUGAAGAACUACUUCCCCGAUUACGAAGGCGGUCAGGAUUACACGCUAGCCUGCGACUAUAUCCUCAACCGCUUUGUUUCUCUUAAUCAACACCCGACCAAGCAGAUCUACACACAUUUCACAUGCGCAACAGACACCAACCAGAUCAAAUUUGUCAUGGCUGCGGUGAACGACAUUAUCAUUCAGGAGAACCUAAGACUCUGCGGCCUCAUUUAA